GGCCUACAUAAGAUUCGGGGAAACUGCAGAGGGGGCUAUUGGUCCAUACGUGGCAGCUCCGCGCAUUCCAAAUUUCAUAAUUUCAACACUGAAAAAAGUCAGUAUAGUUGACCAAAGGAGAACUGAAUAUAAGUGUAAACACACUUCCUGUUACUAUGCUGAACCCUAAUCUAGAAAUGUCUAUAUAAUUUAAGUACAGUCGGGUGCGUUCUCGAUUCACAAACGGCAAUUCCGGGUUCGAAUCAAGGGCGGGACAGAAACGGUUGAGCUCGUUUCACGAGUGUCAGUAAUUCGACCAUGGAGUGGGGGAGAAAGGACCUCUACUUAAGCCUGACGAGUAUGAAUACACUCUCAGAGGUCACGACCUCUCCGUAGGGUGCAGUCGCACCUCCACAGAUCUCCAGUAUCAGCUAAUGAUACUGGUAAUAGCUCCACCACUUACGGGCUAUUCAUGCCCGUGCCACCUCUUGGGUGGCUUAAUCUUCAUCAAUCGAAUACACUCUGGCUGCCGGUCUCCCGACACAAUAAACUAUUAUUAUUAUUAUUAUACGGAAUAACAAAUAUAAUUUCCGUGUACUUUAGAUUUGUAUGGAGGACCCCCUGACCGUUAACAGAGGCAUUAGGGAAAUGUUCCCAGCCAUUUCUGUUCUGCCCGGGAAUCAAACCCAGGAUUCCUGAUUGUGAGUCAGGAAUAAAGCCAACAGGUAGAUACAUGCUGUAUUGGGUGGACUGUAUUUCCUGAAAUUAUAUAGUGUCACACCUAGAAUUAAUUAACAUAGCCAUGAUAAUUAGGCUCAGAAUUGGCAUCAUCGACUACCCAUUUGUUUAAAUUAACGGAAAUGUAUACAUAUAGAUGAUUAGACAUUUCUUUAUAAACAAAAAAUAACAUAAUUGACUAACGUACCUAAUCUAGUGUAUUUUUGUUAAUGUUAUCAUACAAAAAAAUUAUUUGAGUUUAGAAUUAUUAUUAACAUAUAGGACUUUUCUGCGAACUUUUCAUAUCAGUGACAUCGGGUGCCAAGAAGUACUGCCAAUGCGCACAAAACAUCUUUUAAAUUAUUACUUAUCUAAAAAAAGAAUGAUACAAUUAAAGUUAAAUAGUAUAUUUAAAAAAAUAAUAUAUAUUACUAUAAUAUAUUAUUAUUUGUAAGACACUGAAAGCAAAUUCACAAAAAAUAGUGCCUAUUUACUGGAGAAUUAAUUGACUAAAAGUCCGUCAGUGCCUCGGGCGCCGCACUCGAACGGCUUCUGUUGAUAUGUUUGUGUUUUGGGCCAUUUCGAUCAGCGAACUUUGGGGUCGAGGAAUGUCCCUCACUGGUUUGACGAGCCUCGCAGUAGUCUGAGAGAGAGCCCAGCCAUGGCGGACACGCUCUCAAACAACUUCUGCUCCCUCUGCGGCUACUCCUUCGACCGCUUCGGCUCUGACAAGCUCAACAUACGGACAUCUCUGGCCUCGCCCGUUGUCGAGCAGUCGGGACUGUUGGAGAUGCUGGACAUCACAGUAGCACCCCUGAGGAAAGAACUAGUGUUCAUUUGUUACUCUUGUCGGACAGUAUUCAGCAACUACACAACAGCUAAAACAAAUUUUAAGAACAGAGAAAUGGAGGCUUUAAAACUUCUCACAGAACCCGUGGAGGCCAAUGAGCAGGGCCAGUUACCUUUUGUACCAUAUUUGAAACGCAAGUGUAUGCAUAGACCCAAUUCCGAGUUGAUGCUAACAAGGCCAUCAAAAAUUCAGAAAAUUGACAGUUGUGCGACAGAUUCUAAAUCCACUACAGAGCAAGGUCAGAGUCCAGAAAAGGAACCCAAAGCUCUGCCAAGAAAGGAAGUGUUGGAUGAUUUGAAAAGUAUAAACAGUAGCAAUGAGAGAAACAGUGAAGCUGGCAUUGGAACCUCUAAACCUGGAGCUCUGAGAUUUGAAGCUGUUAAGUUCUUGGAAGAUGGACGCUACAGAGCCUCUGUAAGGAAACUGUGGGGACGAAGCAAAAGGUUCAGAACGAGUUGUUUGUCGUUCCUCUCUGUAGUGAUCAAAAGGGAGACAAGAAAUUUGUUGAAGCACGGGACACUGUUUACAAAAAAAUUAGAUGGCAAUAGCCUCCGAGAUGUGUCUUGGGGUCCGACAAUAGACACGGUGGCCCAAGUUGCCCCCACCACCUUUUACAUCCUGUUUGCGUUGCUGGGGCUCGAUGUACGAAAGGCAUCCCAAGAAGCCAAGGAUGCAAAGCAGAACUUAGCUGGUUGUAUGCUGUCAAUGGCACUUUACAAACGCUACAAGCGACGUGCCAAUUUUCUUCCUCUGCUGCACUCUGUAUACCUGCACAAUAUUGGGACUCCAUUAGAGGUAAUUCGUGUUCUUCAUCAAGUAGGCCUGACUGUUCCAGCUUUCAAAUUACCAGGUGUUUUCAAGUUGAUAUCGUCCUCCAACAGUGAAAUAGCACAACUGUGGAAGAAAGAAUUGGAGCUUGCACUGGAAAUUGUUCAUCGUAAACCAGAAGCUACACCAAAGAAGUACUAUGCAGAGAGAAGAAAACAGAGAAGUGUACUUCCAAAGCCAACACCAGUGACUUCAUAUGGUCUCUGUUGGGACAGCAUUCAGUAUCCUGUUCACUCUUCCAAAGGCCAAAAAAAGAAUCCCAAACCUCUUAUGGCACAGGCAUAUGCUGUGAAGAAUCGAGUGCCCUUUAUGAUGACUUACAAGGAUGCUGAAGUCAGGCUUGCAGACAACAUCUCGUACGAAGAAUUUGUUCCAGAUUCGGAAGAUUUUGUUAGAGUUCGAGAGCAAAUGAAAAAGGAAGUGCAGAAAGUUCUUGUACAGUAUUACAACAUAUUUAAAAACCUGGAUGUUGUGGAGCAGCAUCAGUACUCUAGCAUCACUAUACAGAAGAGCGAGAUUGUGGACUGUGGUGCCGUAUUCCGAAGUCCAGCCGAUAAUGGUUCUGUGGCAACACUAAUGAAAGACUUGAAAAGAUACAUGGCUUAUGACGAAGGCGAGCCCAUACCGUUGUGUAUCUUUGGGGGACAAGACGCGGUGGAGAAGAUGGUGAGCGCUAAGGAUGUUAUGUCUUGCUUCUCUGAAAAGCUGGACAGAUUAGAUGGUCUUGAGCCCGCAAUAACAGACUUCGGUCGGCAGAUACUCCUGGCAAAGGAUAUCAUCAAAACUUUUUUCCCAAGUGGGAUGUCAAGAGAGUUUGGAAGCCUGCAUCAUUUGUGCGAAUUUGAAAAGACGUUACUCAAGAAGUGCGAGGAGUCAGACUUUAAUGCAAUUUGCACAAUUUUGAAACUUGUUACACACAGUUAUAUUGUUGCUCUUGCUGAGAACAAGUUGCUAAGCACAGCAAACAAGAAUCAGUUACAUGCAGACGAGAAGCAGAGAAUUUUGGAGAAAAUCUCUGAAGAAAUUGUGGCCGAUAUAUGGCCCAAUGUUGAUGGGUCGUCCCUGGACAUUGUACGCCAAGGAAAUGAACCUGUUAGAGAUGGAGAGUGCUCCUUUGGCGAUUGUGUCAAUUUUCGGGACAAGGCUCGCCUGCCCUGCUCGGAGCGUUGUGGACGGCCAUUUUAUUUCUGCUGCAAAAAGCCACUGAACAAUGGCUUGGUAGAGUGCGCCAAAAGGGAGAACUGCCCCCAAGGUGCUUGGUUUCAUCUUAACAAGAAAUGCUCUGGGCUGGUUGAAGCCCCCGAGGAUGAUUGGUUGUGUAGCACGUGUGCUCUCAAGAGACGAUUGGCAAGCAUCCCAGAGAAAAAGGAUGGCCUCUGGGAAUACCACCGUGGGCUGUUAUGGUACUCUCUCUUCUUCUGGGUAGGCCACUCUGCCGAACAGCAGGGCAAUGGUUGGCUCCUCCACGCGGUGUGGAAGGUGUCUAUGCCACUGUUUGAGAGCAGAGGAUACAGUGAUUACCUUCGACAAGGAUAUGCCUUUCUCUCUGGGGUGGCAGGACGUAUUCCCCGACUGGCAGCACAUGAUACUGUCCACAACCGUACAGUUAAUGUCAAGGGUGGUGCAAAUAACAACAUGAGCUGGGAUCGUGCUGUGGAGCUUUUCAAUCGGGAAUUACUGAGACAACCAGCCCUUAAAAGCCAAAGGAAAACUUCUACAGCAUCCAAUAAAGCAAUUGGUUGUUGGAUACAGUCAAUCAACAGGGCAUGGGAGAAGGAAAUUUGCAAUGGACCUGACAUGAAGGAAAAGGACCGGACAAAAAUUGUUCAGGAAUAUGUCUCCUUCAUGAACUCGCGCAGUGUCCUCCAGAAAGUCCCUGGUCGCAGGCCGUACAAGGAUAUUGACUAUGCUCACGUUAUUUGUAUCCAGAAUCCCAGUGGAUUUAUUGACAAGCUGAAGGAGUUGAGUGAAAAAGAUGUCUCACGUCAGAUGAAUGAAAGGGAGAGUGAUGUUUUGGAGUAAAAAAAAAAAAAAGAUGAAGGCAAAACGAAAGGUGACACACUCAAAUACAGGUCAAUUGUAAAUCUUGAUUUGCUGAUUUCUGUUUAUACUAAUUGGUGCUAUGAUUUACAUGCAUUUGAAAAACAACUGCAUUUUCCUACUUUUUUUUUUCUUACAAGAAUUACUGUGCUAAUGGUAAUAGGUAUAAAGUAUUUUUCAAACAGUCAUAGUUAAGAAGCUGCAGUGAAAACUUGCAAAAGGUCUAGACGUCUCAUUUUAUUUUUCCAAGGUAGUUAAUUGUCUUAAUUAAGUUCUUUUAAUAUGUCUUGACAAAGGCAAAAUUGCUCAUUCAGUAACACUUUACUGAGAGGAAAGGGGGGGAAAAAUAGAGUACGUAUCGGCAAAUAGCCUGAAUAUAAUUCCAGCAAUCAAUUUUUGGUAUCAAUAUUUUUAAUAGCACAGAUUUUUUUCCAAAGAGUAAAUAAGGCUAUAGUUGCACCAUUUGUACAGAUGCAUGAAGACAAAUGUCUGGUGUUAUGAACAAAUAAUUUUGAUAUAUUGUUCCCUGGGGGUUACCACACUGCAUAACCUUCAGAAUAAGAUCAACAACAGGGUAGCUCUAGAAUGGCCACUAUAGGAUAUUAUUGUGUGUGUGUGACAACCCUGGGUUGUGUCUUCUCCUUGGAGAGUGGCUAAUACGUUUCUGCCGUCUAUGGUAAUUUCACUGUAAUCGAAACAAAUCUUGGAUUUUUUUUUUUUGUAUCUUUAGUGUCCUGGGCAUUAUUUGUUUCAAAUGAUUUAAUUUGUAUGAUAAUUGGCAAAAUUAUUGAAUUUUUUAUAUAUACCUGCCACACAUGUGACCAUGAAAGCAUAUAUAUACAUACAUAUGGUAUUGCCACAUAUUAUUAUUAAUACUAGACACCUCUAUUCCCCUCGACUUGCCUUCAGAAUGUAGGCAAAAUAAUUUUUGUUUUUUGUUUUAUAAUGUAUCUAUAUCUACCUAA